AUGUUUCCUGCACCUCCUGCCUUCGGCAUAGACAUAGCUGAUGACAAGAAUACUGGAAUCUUCAAUGGCAGGAGAAAGAGUGAUCAGAAGACCGAGAUGAGUUUUAACACUAUUCUAGAAGAGAUUCUCAUUAAAAGGUCACAGCAGAGAAAGAAGACAUCACCCUUAAACUACAAGGAGAGACUUUUUGUGCUAACGAAGUCCAUGUUAACCUACUAUGAAGGUCGAGCAGAGAAAAAAUACAGAAAGGGAUUUAUUGAUGUUUCAAAAAUAAAGUGUGUGGAAGUAGUGAAGAAUGAUGACGGUGUCAUUCCCUGUCAGAAUAAAUAUCCAUUUCAGGUUGUUCAUGAUGCUAACACACUUUACAUUUUUGCACCUAGUGCACAAAGCAGGGACCAGUGGGUGAAGAAGUUGAAAGAAGAAAUAAAGAACAACAAUAAUAUUAUGAUUAAAUAUCAUCCUAAAUUUUGGGCAGAUGGGAGUUAUCAGUGUUGCAGACAAACUGAAAAGCUAGCACCUGGAUGUGAAAAAUACAAUCUUUUUGAAAGUAGUAUAAGAAAAGCACUACCUCCAGCACCGGAAACAAAGAAGCGAAGGCCUCCCCCACCAAUUCCACCCGAAGAAGACAAUAGCGAAGAAAUAGUGGUAGCUAUGUAUGAUUUCCAAGCGACAGAAGCACAUGACCUCAGGUUAGAGAGAGGCCAAGAGUAUAUCGUAUUAGAGAAGAAUGAUGUUCAUUGGUGGAGAGCGAGAGAUAAAUAUGGGAGUGAAGGAUAUAUCCCAAGCAAUUAUGUAACAGGAAAGAAAUCAAACAACUUAGAUCAAUAUGAAUGGUAUUGCAGAAAUAUGAAUAGAAGCAAAGCUGAACUGCUCCUCAGGAGUGAAGAUAAAGAAGGCGGUUUUAUGGUAAGGGAUUCCAGUCAACCGGGCAUGUACACAGUCUCCCUUUAUACAAAGUUUGGAGGAGAAGGCUCGUCAGGUUUCAGGCAUUAUCAUAUAAAGGAAACAACAACCUCCCCCAAGAAGUAUUAUCUGGCUGAAAAACACGCAUUUGGUUCCAUUCCUGAGAUAAUUGAAUAUCAUAGGCACAAUGCAGCAGGGCUUGUCACAAGGCUGCGGUACCCUGUCAGUGCAAAGGAGAAGAAGGCGCCCACCACUGCAGGAUUCAGCUACGAGAAAUGGGAGAUCAACCCUUCAGAGCUGACCUUUAUGAGGGAACUGGGGAGUGGACUGUUUGGAGUGGUGAGGCUCGGCAAGUGGCGAGCUCAGUACAAAGUGGCGAUCAAAGCUAUUCGGGAAGGCGCGAUGUGCGAGGAAGAUUUUAUAGAAGAAGCUAAAGUGAUGAUGAAACUGACACACCCGAAGUUAGUGCAGCUCUAUGGCGUGUGCACCCAGCAGAAGCCGAUUUACAUCGUUACCGAGUUCAUGGAGAGGGGCUGCCUGCUGAACUUCCUCCGGCAGAGGCAAGGACAUUUCAGUAGAGAUGUGCUGCUGAGCAUGUGCCAAGAUGUGUGUGAAGGGAUGGAGUACCUGGAGCGAAACAGCUUCAUCCACAGAGAUCUGGCUGCCAGAAAUUGUCUAGUAAAUGAGGCAGGAGUUGUGAAAGUAUCUGAUUUUGGAAUGGCCAGGUACGUUCUGGACGAUCAGUACACAAGUUCUUCUGGUGCUAAGUUUCCUGUGAAGUGGUGUCCGCCCGAGGUGUUCAAUUACAGCCGCUUCAGCAGCAAAUCGGAUGUCUGGUCCUUCGGUGUCCUCAUGUGGGAAGUCUUCACUGAGGGCAGGAUGCCCUUCGAGAAGAACACCAACUAUGAGGUGGUAACCAUGGUCACUCGCGGCCACCGCCUCCACCGGCCCAAGCUGGCGUCCAAAUAUGUCUACGACGUGAUGCUGAGAUGUUGGCAGGAGAAACCUGAGGGGAGGCCUUCCUUUGAAGACCUGCUGCGCACCAUCGAUGAGCUAGUGGAGUGUGAGGAAACUUUUGGAAGAUAA